UCUCUCUCUCUCUCUCUCUCUCUCUCUCUCUCUCUCUCUCUCUCUGGAGCUGACAGGCUGGUCAGAGCGCUGAGUGUGUGAAACGGGACGGUGUGUUAAGACUCCGAUCAGGAGCUGAAGCAGGCAACACACUUUACUCAGGAUGUGUGGGAUGGAGGUGGAUGACGGUGUGGAGGACGAGCAGGAGGUGGAGGAUGAGUUUGGGCUGUGUGAGGGGGUGCGGAUGUUGUCCCCGCCCGUGGCGCGCUGUGACGGGAGUGUGUGGGGGUCUCGGCGUGGACGCUGUGAGUGUAUGUGUUGGGGUUUAGGGUUGGUGCUGUGGAACCUAGCGCUGACCGGAGUGUGUGUGACGCUGAUGGCCGGAGUCUUUACACUAGUGCUGCUGCCCGCAGUCCUGCUGCUGUACACAGGGUUCCUCUGCCAUUCACGGGUCCUCGCGUCCCCGUCUGCUAUCUGCCGUUACCUUGAUGACAACAGUUGCUCCGCCCUCAUCAUCCUCGGCUUUGUGAUGAUGUCACCGCUGGUCGUGGUCGCCGCCGCAAUCUUCUGUGGCCUGCUGAGGCGCUUUCGCCUACUGCUGUACUUUCAACCCAUCUCGGGAGCCUGGUACAGGGGGCGGGGCUUUAAAUGGAGGCGGGACUUCCAUGCCUGGGUGUGACCGGCCUGAGUUGAUUGUUCCUGGGACAGUUUCUUUUUUUGUCUAUAAACUCACCGCUGAAGCUUCGUCAACCAAAAUCUGACAACAGUUCACAGUCAGUUACAACAGACACAAAACACAAACGAAAAAAACAACGAAGUUGAAGAUGGAGAACCUGCUGAUUUUUUUUUUAUGGGUUUCAGUUUGUGCUUAAGGCCUAAGAGAUGUUGGCACGCCAAGGUGGUAAGGGUUAUAAAGGGUUACAAAGUUCAAGUUACUCCAAAUGUAGUCGAUUUGUCAGGACCUAGAGUAAAUGGAUUAAAAAGUUCGCAGUGUCAACUUACAGAGUUUUCCCCCUUUGGUUUCUUAUGGUUUAAAUGCAAGAGCAACAAAAUGAUUCACAACAAACCAUGUGACCACAUUGUCUCCACUUAUUGGUCAGAACUGUCUGGCGCAGCUAGAAAGUAAAUACAAAAAUAAUAUCCUGUGUUUCAGACUAGUGUGUAUAUAUUUGUGCAGUGUGAAGCUGCUUUAACACUGAACGUAGUAAUGGUGGAAAGCAAAGUUUUUUAAUAUAAUUUUAUUUCAAUUUUUUUCCUAUUUUCUCCCUAAUUUGGCAUUCUCAGACUGGCCUAAAGCUUUUAUUGUGGCUGUUAGGACCCCUCAGACUCCAGGGACUAGCCAGCAGUUAGAGAUGUUCACAUCUAAUCCACAUCAGCUAGAGUAUUUUCACUGUGCUAACUCUGUCUCAGUCACAUCCUUUAUACACACUGUUAAAAAAAAGCACCGUAACAAUGCACCAGUGUUUAUAAUAUAAUAAUUCUUAUGCAGCAAAUACAAUAUAAAUAUUUUACAGUUCUGUUAAAAUACUAUAUCUUUGCUACUGGGUGAUGGUUAUGGUUUUGUUAGCUGUUAGCUACAUUAGCCUCGUAGCUCCAGUAUAAACUAAAGAAGCUACUGUAACUCAGCUGAUGGACCGUAUUCACCGUGACCCGGUUCAGACGCUCUGUACAGUCUUCAUGUUGCUGAUGGAUAUUAAUAAUAAACUGGUCUUUGUUGUGUCUGAGAAGCUCAGACGGUUUACUAACGGCUGCAGGGUCACCUCAGCCAAUCACUGCUGGAGCCUCACCCGAUAUAACCUGAGAGGAUAUGUCAGUGUAAAGACGUGUGCUAUUAUUUAUAGAGCUGUAUAUAAAGGCUUGUAUUUAAUAAUUUGAUUAUUGUUGUAUUUUAUCUCUGUGCAGAUGUAAUUAAACAGACUCUAACUGAA